UUUCGGUUGUCAAGAUGCUAUGUUUGUAAACAUACCAAACAUACGUGGUGUCGUUGAGGAACACAACACAAGUUUUCAAAUAUUUUAUUUUUGUUUGUCAUCCGAUGGAAACAUGAAACCUUGACUCAUGACCAACAUAAAAAUAUUCAUAUCCUCUGAAUUGUACUUCAGUUCCGUCAACGGCUAUUUAUUCGGCUAUGUGAAACAAUUCAAAGAGUCGAUCGCCUUCUAUUUGCUACGAUGCGGUUCCAACGACAGCAAUUUGAAUGGGAAUGGUCAAUUGCUUGGAGCUAUAAUUGACAACGAGUACGCCGAUGGAAAUGACUCCUCGAAUUUCGUACAAUUUGUAAACGGCUCCAAGAACAUUUUAUUGAAUCGUGUUGUUAUCAACCGAACCACAAAUGUACCAAUUGAGUCAGUGCAGAUCAUUUUGUACGACAACAUGAAAUGGAUUGAAGCAUCAGCCGAUUUAGACGGUGAUGUGGAUACGAUCAAUGAGGACUGCAUGAUUAAAUGUUUGGGUCUGUUCAUUCAUGACGAUCGCAACAAAAUUAAGUCUUUCGACAAAAACACCGCUGGCUGGAACAUUAAAAUAGUUCAAAUUGUCGGGUUUGCUGUAAUGGCAAUACUGAAUAUGGUGAACAAAUUGGCUGUGGUUAAACACAUGAUGGACUGGUGGCACUGUCUAAACGGCGGAUUGCGUAGAAAACAAAAAUUGUGGACCAUCGGUUCGGAUGUUUUGGCUGGGCUUGUUAUAUUAACAUGGUUGAUCUACCUGGGAAAGCCGGGACAGUAUUUUAUGCAAUUUACCGAGUUUGUCGUCUACAACGUACGCAUUCUAUUGAGUUCACUGAAAGGCAGUCCAGCCGGCUUGAAACUGAAUGUUGAACUAAACAAUUUCUUCCUAAACUGUUUCACUUAUCAUGUGGAUUUGUGGGCAACAUUUCUCGUACUUGUGUCACCUGCCGUUCAGUACCUCUUCAUACCGCUGGCUAUUAUUGGUUGUUUGGGUCUGUCAUUUCAAUUGGCUUUAUUGUCGGAUUUGCUGGUGUUGAUCAGCGUGCAUGCUCAUUGCUUCUACAUCUACACAGCAGUCCUGUAUCACAUUGAAGUUGUGGGUAUAUCUGCCUUAUGGAGAGUAUUUUUGGGCAAACGAAAUAACAUUCUGAAAGACCGCAUUGAGUCGCAUGAUUACACAAAUCCUCAGCUGUAUUUAGCAACAAUGUUCUUUGCAACGUUGCUCUUCAUUCUACCAACGGUGUUGGUGUAUUACACCGUUUUUGCAGCGCUAAGAUUUUGUGUGUAUUGCAUCACUUACACCCUGGCUAUGAUACAACGUCAAAUACUGAUCUUCCCUACAUACAACUACUUGAAAUGGCUAACUGGUAGCUUUGUUAACGAUGAUAAUAUCGAGAUGACAUGCCUUGUCAAUAGAACUGCGAAAACUGCAAACGUUACGUGUCCCGUUUCGAUUAUUUCAAUUGAAGCAAAAUCUUCGAUGCCUACCAGUAGAUGUCCAUCGAAUAUUAAACUCAAUUCUGAUUCGUUGAUGUCAAUCGACCAAUUUCUGCUCAGCCUCAUCCGCAGUGAUAUGUUGGGAUUUAUUCAUCCGCAAAGGAAGUGAUCCAAUUCACCAAUAGUUCCAUGUUUUGUACAAAGAGUGUCAGACCGGAUGGUCGUUUGUAUUAUUCGUCAAUAAAGUACGAGUCUAGUUCAACUGAA